AGGACUUAUUAUGGAAUCUCGAGCCAAUCCGCGUAUUGUCACCUAUGAGCACGAACUUUUUAAGAGAAAAACUCACAUUACAUUCGUUGCUGCUACAAUAAACAAGAAGAGCUUUAGUGCUAGUCUGUUUGAUGAAGCAAAGCAGCCAUGAGUGGACAAUCUAAUAUUGACAUCUCGUACGAAGGGAGGAAUAUUGAAGAUCAAUUAUCAGCCGCUCUACAUGGUACUAUCAAAUACGUAACCCAUCUCCAGAGCUCGGUGAGUUGGAAAAAACUAGAUGACAUUAAAGACAAUACUAAACGACUUUUCUUUUGGACCUCGACCCUCAUAUCCAUCUGUCUCGGACUUUUCCUACUUGCCCAUCUUAUCCGCCUUCGCCAGGAAGUGACUACAUUAGUCCAGUACCAAGAGCUCUUCCGAAGAAUGUGGGACGAGGACAGAGAAAUAGAGGAAGAGAGGAUAAAAGAACAGAGACAAGAGAAGAAGCUAGAGGAACGGCGAAGACAAGCCCGGUCAGCUGCACGUGGCAGGGCUGGAUCGGAGUUAUCACGGAGAGGAACGCCUAUGGCGUCGCCUCGCCGCGAUUGGGCAACAGAAGAACCAUACGCGCCAGCAUCUCAGUAUUAUAAGCUAUCACCAUUCGGGUCCCAAGUCGACGCGGCUCUCGAUAAUGCCCCAUUGCAAGGAGCAGAUCGUGAUGAAUGGGUUCACAGGGUGGCAUCUAUGACCCAGGGUCUAAGGCGAAAUUAUUACGGGAAACAAAAUCAAGAGGAAGAUGAGGACAGUCAAGAGGAUAUCAUUUCUGAAACCUUUUAAGAAGACAUGGAUUGUAGAGAAGGAAUGUACAAACAUUUUUCACAUUGGUUUAAGCACAGUGUAUUCCGUACUUCGUACUUAUUCUAUUAAUCGAGACGACCGCGAUUUAACUCCGAUACGUCCGUCGCUAAUAAGAACGCACUCAUGAGUCUCAUUAUUCU